AUGACCAUGAGCUCGGCAGCCGAGAGCCUGCUGGGCCCCGACCCCCCCAAAGCCUUCCUGGAGCUGGGGCGCCCCGCGGCGCCGCGCUACCCGCUGCACGGCGCCCAGCCCGCCGCCCCCCGCCUCGGCCCGCCGCCCUUCGCCGCCUCCUACGGCCGCCCCGCGCCCUUCCCCUACGGCAGCGGCGACCCCCCCGGCGGCCCCUACGCGCCCUACCCGCCCCCCGGCGCCCCGCUGCCCCCGGCCGGGCCGGCCCCCGGCGCCCCGCUGCAGGACGCAGGGCUCGACAAGUGCGCGGCCGGGGAGCUGCGCGGCCGGGGCAGGAGGGCGCGCAAGCCGCGCACCAUCUACUCCAGCCUGCAGCUGCAGGCUCUCAACCAGCGCUUCCAGCAGACCCAGUACCUGGCGCUGCCCGAGCGCGCCGAGCUGGCCGCCCAGCUGGGGCUCACGCAGACUCAGGUGAAGAUCUGGUUCCAGAACAAGCGCUCCAAGUACAAGAAGAUCAUGAAGCAGGGCCCGAGCGCGCCCGAGGGCCAGCCCCUCCACGCGCCCCCCGCCUCGCUCUCGCCCUGCUCGCCCGGCAUCCCGCCGCUCUGGGAGCUGCCCCUGCCGGCGAAGGGGCCCCCCCUGGUCCCCGGCGGCUACCUCGGCAGCUUCGGGCCCUGGUACCAGCCGCACGCGCAGGACGUCGUCCCCCGCGCCCCCAUGAUGUGA